AUGACCAAACUUCGAGACAAAGUUUCAUUCGGAUUGGAUUUAAUGAUUGUGGGAUUAAUGGAAAGUUUUUCUGCGCAGCGUGUCCUCUUUUUGCCUUUCGCAGUGGCUCUCUUGGGAGUGGUCGGUGCUACUUCGCUGUCCAGGACCUAUUUGCCGCCUCAGGUGCAGCGCCAGGUGGUGAAAACCCAGGUGAUCUCUGCUCCGAGGGUUCAAGUUCAGCCCCAGAUCAUUCAGCGCCAGGUGGUUCAGCCGCAGAACACCUAUCUGCCACCUCCGGUGGUGCCACAAGUGCUGCCCGCUUAUCGUCCUGCUCCAAAAGUGGUACAGAUAGCUCGUCCUGCUCCCCAAGUGAUCUCCGUGGCUGCUCCCCGUAACACCUAUUUGCCACCUCAAGUGAUUAGUCGCCCUGCUCCACAGGUGGUGACCAUUGCUCGUCCUGCUCCGCAAGUGAUCUCGGUGGCUGCUCCGCGCAACACCUAUCUGCCGCCCCAAGUCAUCGCUCCCCGUAACACCUACCUGCCGCCCCAGUAAGAUGCAUCAUCAUACGAAACGACAUUUCUGAGCAACCACCAACUCAACUGGUUUGUGGUUUAACCCACAACACCAACUAUAUUCUAAUGCUAAUUUGCCAGCUCGACAAAGAAAUGCAAAAAUACAUUUAAUGGGUUUAUUUG